GCUCACUUGUUCCCGUCUUUAAUGUGCAAUCUGUUUUCUCCAGCGGAGGGCACUCAGUGUAUCACAAACUCAAGCAUUAGCACCAACAAGCUCUGAGCACCAUCAGUCUCUGGGAAGCCUUCUGAAUUAGACAAGGGCUGCCUCUCAGCACAGCUACAAAACACUUUCAACCUGACCAGCUAAAUGGAUAAACCUAGCCCGCAAAGCUUUUAAACUGGGGUCUCACACAGCACAGGAGGCCUGCUUGCUUCAAGGACUGAAAAAAAUCCCGAGGAUGAAUUGCUUUAUCUGGGAAUGGUAAAAGCCAGCUCAGUAAGGAAUGCCAGGUUUCCAUCGCAUUACAAAGCUGAAAGGCAUGACUGUGUUUCUGGUGCUAUUUCCUACCCUCCUGCUGGUUAUGCUCACUGGGGCUCAGAGAGCUUGCCCAAAGAACUGCAGGUGCGAUGGCAAGAUUGUCUACUGCGAGUCCCAUGCCUUUGCUGACAUCCCAGAAAACAUUUCUGGAGGGUCACAAGGUUUAUCGUUAAGGUUCAACAGCAUUCAGAAACUCAAAUCCAAUCAGUUUGCCGGCCUUAACCAGCUUAUAUGGCUUUAUCUUGACCAUAAUUACAUUAGCUCCGUGGAUGAAGAUGCAUUUCAAGGGAUCCGCAGACUGAAAGAAUUAAUUCUAAGCUCCAACAAAAUUACCUAUCUGCACAAUAAAACAUUUCACCCAGUUCCCAAUCUCCGUAACCUGGAUCUCUCCUACAAUAAACUUCAGACGCUGCAGUCCGAACAGUUUAAAGGCCUUCGGAAACUCAUCAUUUUGCACUUGCGGUCCAACUCCCUAAAGACCGUCCCUAUAAGAGUCUUUCAAGACUGUCGGAACCUUGACUUUCUGGAUUUGGGUUACAAUCGUCUCAGAAGCUUAUCCCGAAAUGCUUUUGCUGGCCUUUUGAAACUGAAGGAACUUCAUCUGGAGCACAAUCAAUUUUCAAAGAUUAACUUUGCUCAUUUCCCACGCCUCUUCAACCUGCGCUCCAUCUACCUGCAGUGGAACAGGAUCCGCUCCAUUAGUCAAGGCUUGACGUGGACAUGGAGUUCCUUACACAACUUGGAUUUAUCAGGGAAUGACAUUCAAGGGAUAGAACCGGGCACAUUUAAAUGCCUCCCCAAUUUGCAAAAAUUGAAUUUGGAUUCCAAUAAGCUCACCAACGUCUCACAAGAGACUGUCAAUGCAUGGAUAUCCUUAAUAUCCAUCACCCUAUCUGGAAAUAUGUGGGAAUGUACUCGGAGCAUCUGUCCUCUGUUCUAUUGGCUGAAGAAUUUCAAAGGGAAUAAAGAAAGCACCAUGAUAUGUGCGGGACCUAAGCACAUACAGGGGGAAAAAGUCAGUGAUGCAGUUGAGACGUACAACAUUUGUUCUGAGGUCCAGGUGCUCAACACAGAAAGAUCACACUUGGCACCACAAACUCCUCAGAAGCCCUUGAUCAUCCCCAAACCCAGCAUCUUCAAACCCGAUGGCAUGGCGCCCACUCUGGAAGCAGCAAGCCCAUCCCCAGGUUUCCAGAUUCCUGGAGCAGACCAAGAAUAUGAACACGUUUCCUUUCACAAAAUUAUUGCUGGGAGCGUGGCUCUGUUCCUCUCGGUGGCUAUGAUCCUCCUGGUCAUCUAUGUGUCCUGGAAACGCUACCCAGCCAGCAUGAAACAACUUCAGCAGCAUUCUCUGAUGAAGAGACGAAGGAAAAAGGCCAGGGAGUCUGAAAGACAAAUGAAUUCCCCUUUACAGGAGUACUAUGUGGACUACAAGCCUACGAACUCUGAGACCAUGGAUCUAUCAGUUAACGGAUCUGGGCCCUGCACAUAUACCAUCUCUGGCUCCAGGGAGUGUGAGAUAUCACACCAUGUGAAGCCUUUGCCCUAUUACGCCUAUGACCAACCAGUGAUGGGGUACUGUCAGGCGCACCAGCCUCUCCACAUCAACAAAGCCUACGAGGCAGUGUCUGUGGAUCAAGAUGAUAGUCCCAGUCUGGAGCUCGGGAGAGACCACAGCUUCAUCGCCACCAUAGCCAGGUCGGCCGCACCUGCCAUUUACCUGGAAAGAAUAACAAACUAAAGCUAAAGCCCCCUCCUUGACUGGGAGCUCGCAGGGAAGGAAGGCCGUUGUCUUCAAAGACAGUGGGUGUCCAGCAUCCUGCGGCCAAGGGAGCUUCUUGUUUCUGGACAGGAGUUUCUGGCAUUAGAGAAGCAACCCCAAAACUGCUUAUGAGUUUGGUCAGCUGCUGCACACCCACCAACAAAGGAGAAGACAGAAUUUUCUUUGCUUUUAACUAUAAAAGAAACACAAAUGCUCCCGGAUGUAA